AUGGACGUGAAUGACAACGAGCCGGUGUUCCUCAACCAGCCCUUCCACGCCCUGGUGUCCACCGUGUCUCCGCGCAGCCACGUGGUCACUAAGGUGCAUGCAGUAGACGCUGACUCUGGGGAGUUCGGAAGUGUCCGCUACGAGCUGGUGCGAGGCAGCGGUGAGCUCUUCGCCGUGAAUAAAAAGACGGGUGAAAUUUCCCUGAAGCAGACCCUGAUGGCGGCCGACAAGACCUACAGCCUCACCGUUGCUGCCUACGACGGGGGAAAGCCUCCCCUCAGCUCACAGGCCCAUGUCCUCAUAAGGGUGGUGUCUUCUGAAGGGCCAAUGUUCACCGUCGCACGGUACGAAGCAGCCGUGCCGGAGAACGCCGCCAAGGGCACGCCCGUUGUGACAAAUUAG